GCCUGCCUUUCGGACCCGGGCAGCCAGCAGGGAGAUGCUGCCGUGGAAGAGAAACAAAUUCGAGCUGAUCGAGGAAGACCCCAAGCAGGCGGCCAAGGCCAAGGGCUAUGCAGUGAGCCUCAACUAUUCGGCGCUCACGUCGCUGGCCAAGGCGUGCCCGGAGAGCGCCCUCAGUCGCGUGGGCAGCAUGUUCAGGUCGAAACGCAGGAAGGUCAAGAUCACCAGCGAGGACCCCACGUACACCGUGCUCUACCUGGGCAACGCCACCACCAUCCAGGCCCGCGGCGACGGCUGCACCGACCUGGCCGUGGGCAAGAUCUGGGCCAAGAGCGAGGCCGGCAAGCAGGGCACCAAGAUGAAGCUGACCAUCAGCGCGCAGGGCAUCCGCAUGGUGCCCGCCGACGAGCAGGCGCCGCGGCGCCCCGGCCACCUCUACCUACUGCAUCGCGUCACCUACUGCGUGGCCGACUCGCGGCUGCCCAAGGUCUUCGCCUGGGUCUACCGGCACGAACUGAAACACAAGGCCGUGAUGCUGCGCUGCCACGCCGUGCUCGUGGCCAAGGCCGAGAAGGCCAAGGCCAUGGCGCUGCUGCUCUACCAGACAUCGGCAGCCGCCCUGGCCGAGUUCAAGCGCCUCAAGCGGCGCGACGACGCGCGCCACCAGCAGCAGCAGCUGGUGGGCCAGCAGGGCAUCCCGCUGGUGCCCCUGCGCAAACUCCUGCUGCACGGACCCGGCUGCUACAAGCCGCCCGUCGAACGUAGCCGCAGCGCUCCCAAGCUGGGCUCCAUCACCGAGGACCUGCUGGGCGAGCAGCAGGAGCAGCGGGAGUGGGAGCGCGAGCAGCGCCACGCCGACCAGGACCGCAGCCGGCGGCCCGACGACGAGGACGAGGACGAGGAGGGCGACAAUGACAACGAGGAGGACCUGGCCCUGGACCUCGAUCUGGCCCUGGACGGCGAGGCCGAGGACGCUGACGCUGACUGGGACGAGGACGGGGAAGCAUCGCCGCCGCCCCUUGGGGCCUCGCCCUCGGAGUACAGGGACCUACUGGACACGCUGGCUGACGGCGAGGACGAGAGGCGCGAGCUGGGCGGACUCCUGGGGCCCCUGCGCGAGCUCAGCAUCGGCAACGACGUGCGGAGCCUGCGGGCCGACCUGCGCGUCACCAGGCUGCUGUCGGGCGAGAGCACUGGCAGCGAGAGCUCCAGCGAGAGUGGCGGCCAGGACCCGGCGGGGCUCGCCAACGGACUGGGCGAGGCACGCCCGGAGGCCGGCCCGGCCUGAGCUCCGACUUGGACUGCGGCCGCCCUUGCGGCCGCUGCUGCUCCCACCCACGCCCCGACACCCCGGGAGCCCCCAGCUCCCGGUCCAGCCCCGCUGCUCCUGCUUCCAGCCCCGGUUGGUGCCCUGGGCGCCGAGUACCAGCUCCUCGGAGUUAGCCCCGGGGCGGCAGCGACAGCGAGAGCCAGCGGGCCUCCUCUGGGGAGCCCUGACCACUGGGAUCUCCCUCAGGGCGCCCGACGGGUUGGGAGAAGGCACCAGGCGGCCUGGAUGGGCCCGGGACCCCCACUUCCUUGGGCUGCGUCUCGGUGUGGGGGAGAGAAAGGGUGAGCGUGUGUGAGGGUUGUGCCUGGCACUGUAAACAACCGUGCCGGUCCCUGGCCCGGACAGCCUCCUGGGCCAUUCCCCGCGGCUGGCUGGCCGCCUGGCCGCCUGGCCUCCUCCAUCUCCUUGUCCUCGCCUCGUCCAGGCAGCAGCGACCCAGAUUCGGACAGACGGACAGAGAGAGUGCCUGGCAGGCCGGCGGGCAGCCGUGUGCGGGAGCGGGGCUAAGGGGGAAGGCGGGGAGGAGGCCGCACGAUCGUGGCUGCUGUCAUGUCCGGAUGACUGAGAAUUUCCUGUUUUUCCCCGUAACUGGGGAGCCGCCAGAGGAGGGGUUAACUUCCUUUCUCCGCCACCGCCGGCCAGCCGCUUCGGGUCACUUUCGCGUCUGUCUCCAGCUCCUAAAGCGAACCUGUGCCUGGGCGUGUGCCUGUGCCAAGACCUUGGCUGGCCCGGCCGCCCCCCAGCUGGAGCUCGGCUUGUUUACCUCCGGCUCAGGCCCUGGAAAAGCUGCCAAAUUCCUAACAUGACUGUCUUGGGGGAGAUGAAAGGGGCAAAGUUGCGUCUUGUUUACAGAACCGAAAUCCAGUCUGGAAGGGGGAGUUUUCCUUUGGGGACCCACGGGCUCCUCCCCCGCGCUCGGCCCCGCCCCUCGGCGGCGGGCCGGGAGUCUUUGGCCGGCUCCUUUGCACAUCGCCGCGCCCUGCGCGUCUCUAGCCUUUUGCUGUGCAAAAGGAAACGCGGAAGGUCUCUUGUACCUGCGAAGAUGUAUAAAAGCUGUCGGUUAUUUUUGCAGAA